UCACUCUCACGAGGUUGAAGUAAUAACAAGCUCAAAUACUUAAGACAUUGACUCGAAUUUAGGUUGUGACUUUAGAUUUCGAGAAAAUUCACAACUAAGGAAUACCCUAUCACUUCUCUCAUUGACUUAUCAAACCGCAAAUGGUCUGUUUGGUCUGUUUCUCAAGCGUUCCCGGAAGUCUUGCGAUGUUGCGCAUCUGGGUUUAGAAACUCUGUGGCUCUAUGUUCACAACAUACUUCAGAAACUAACGUCUGUGGGCGUGGCGAAGCGUUUGACCGGAGCAAGGAGUUUGCUUAGCCAGGCAAGCGAUUCGAUAGAUCAACAGCGGACGACGAGCUCUAUUUUAUUAAUUAAUGUCAACGGUUACGGAGAAACCAGAGGCAGAGAAGAAGCGAAGAGAGAAUCUGUGAAUGGUUGCAAAAAAAUGAAACAUUGUAUCCGCUUAUUGUCUCUUCCAAGAAAUGUGUGUGCAACAACAGUGAGCAGUAGAACGUUUCACUGACAGCUCAGCGGGUUAUAUUGUUUUGCUGGAUAUCCCGCGCCUUGGUGAGGAUUUUAGGAGACUCCAGAGAAAUGUGUCGAAGGUAAUCUCCAGUCACUCCGUUACCACCCCUCAUCCCCUCUCCCCAACCCACCCUGCGAUGAUGUCGUCACCCUCUGUGGCCACCCCCUUGACAACAUCCCCCCCCACCCUCCGCCCCUCCUCCGCCCUAGACUCUCUCUCCAUGUCCUCUCUACUGUCCGGGGACCUAAAGGAUGAGAUGGGGGAUGGAGAGGGGGAGGAGGGGGGCCUAGGGGACCUGGAGGUGAACCCGUAUGAUGGCUUGCCCUUCUCUUCACGCUACUACUCUCUGCUGGAGGAGAGGAAAACGCUUCCCUUGUGGAGCCUCAAGUACCGCCUGCUGGAGCACCUGGAGACACAUAGCAUGGUGGUGGUCAGUGCCCCCAGUGGCACAGGCAAGAGCACACAGGUGCCCCAGUGGUGUGUGGAGUAUGCCCUGUCCCAUGACUUCUCUCAGGGCUUGGUGUGCUGUUCCCAGCCCUAUGCUGUGGCUGCAGCGAGUCUGGCCCUCAGGGUGGCUGAUGAGAUGGACCUGAGUCUGGGCCUGGAGGUGGGCUACUGGAUCCCCCACGACGAUGGCUGUACCCCUGAUACACUACUUAGGUUCGUCAGUGACUCUCUGCUCCUGGGGGAGAUGAUGUCGGACCCCCUGCUGCGUCAGUAUGGGGUGCUGGUGGUGGAUGAGGUCCAGGAGCGCACUGUGCCCUCCGACGUCCUUCUGGGCUUGCUGCUGGACGUGUGCUGCCAGCGCCCCGACGACCUCCGUGUGGUCCUCCUCACCGACCCCUCCCUUGCCUCCAGCCUCGCCACCUUCCUGGGUGAGGGAGUUCCGAUUCUAACGCUGGAUGAGCCUGUCGCGGAUGAGGACCGGCCCACAAGAGAUACACCCUACACAGAGACAAGGAGGAGGGCACCGGUUGUCGUGGAAACGGUGUACAGGGAUCCUGGAGGGAGGGAGUCUGCGGCAGCGGCAUGUUACAUGGUGUUGGAUCUCCACCGCAGGGGAGAGGAAGGGGAUGUCAUGGUCUUUCUCUCCAGUGCCCAGGAGAUUGACGAGUGUGGCUCUCUGCUGGAGAAGGAGUCUGUUGCCCUGAGCCCUCAGCUGGGGACCCUCAGAGUUCUGCACCUCCACGCAGGCCUCGGAGGGGCUACCCAGCGCAUCUAUGAAGCUGAGCCAGACGGGCCUUCUGGGGACACGGAGGGGUCCAAUGGGUCUGAAGGACUGGAAGGGCCAGGGAUAGGGGCGGGGACGGGAGCGAGGCGCAGGGUCAUCCUCACAGACACCCUGGGGGAGGCCUCCUUCUCUCUAUCUGGAGUCCGCUAUGUCAUAGACACAGGCAUGCAACUCAAGACAGUUUACAACCCUCAAAUUAGAGCGGACUCCCAGGUCCUUCGUCCCAUCAGCCGGCAGCAGGCAGACAUGCGGACGCAGAGGGUAAACGGUGACCUACCAGGUCUGUGUUUACGUCUGUACCCCCAGGCUCUGUAUGAGGAGGGCAUGGCGGAGACCCGCAGCCCGGGGGUGGUGGAGGAGAACCUCAGUCACCUGGUGCUGCUGCUCAAGAGGCUGGACAUCGCCGACAUGGGCCAGUGCAAGUUCCUAGACAGGCCUGCUCCAGAGGCUCUGAUGCAGGCUCUAGAGGACCUGGACUACCUGGCAGCACUGGAUGAUGAUGGGAACCUAUCUGAGGUGGGCAUCAUUAUGUCAGAGCUGCCCCUGGAGCCCCCUCUGGCUAAGGCCCUCAUCGCUGCCUGCGAGUUUGACUGUGUCAACGAGCUGCUCACCAUCGCUGCCAUGCUCACAGCUUCCCCCUGCUUUGUGACCCCCACACCCCAGAGAGAGGAGGCAGCAGCCACUCACAGACGCCCCCUGUUGCACAACGAGGGAGACCACCUCACCCUCAUCAACAUCUACAACGCCUACAUACAGCACAAUGAGGAUGAUGCCUGGUGUACUACCAACUUCCUGAACCCCGCCGCAUUACGAUUGGCUGUGGUGAUCAGGGCAGAGCUGCUGGAGGUGAUGCAGCGAAUAGAGUUGCCCGUCUCGCCUCCUUCCUUUGGUUGCCAAGACAACUGCACCAAUAUCAAGCGUGCACUCAUCUCAGGGUUCUUCCUCAAGGUGGCUCAUGAUGUGGACGGCUCAGGUAACUACCUCCUGUUGACUCACCGUCACGUGGCUCACCUCCACCCCUUCUCCUCCUAUCUGUGUCGCCGUCCGCGCCUCAACCCCCCCUCCUGGGUGCUCUACCACGAAUUCACCAUCUCCCAUGACAACUGCAUCUGCACCGCCUCCGAGGUGCACCCCCACAUGUUGGUGGAGCUGGCCCCUCUGUACUACCUAGGCAACUUGCCGUCCAGCGAGGGACGGGACCUUCUGAUGGAGCUGAGACAGAGUCUGCUGCCCCCAGAGGAGGUACAGGAGAGGGGCCCAGAAGGAGUCUAUGACACACGCCACAUUGAGGAACACUUAGACAGGACCGGAGAUCCACGUAAUCAAGACAGUACUGAGCUGUGUGUCAUACAGUGACGGGAAUGGUGUGGGCAACCAAAAGCAGAACCAAGGGAGGAGAACCUGAGAGAAGGGACUUGGAUGCACUAUGCAGGAUACUCUCAAGUUUUACCAGGAAUACACCAUAGAUCUAUACUGUACUAUUGCAUGGACAGUUAUUGAGGGAGAGUACGUACAGUACACUAUCCAGCCAUACAACAUUGUACGGAGGCCGUUGUUUCAAUCUGAGUGAAUAAGGGCUCACCUACAGGUGUUAGUGACAUUUUUCUUAAAUGAGAUUAAAUGCAUUUUUUUUUUUGCACAUGAAAAUGUGUGAGUUAAGGGCAAUUUCAGACUGAACCUACAGAGUUCCUAUAAAACAAACUGUAUACUGGUAUGCAAAGUAAUAUAUAUUGGGAAUUAUAUAUUGCCAUGAAUGUUGACUAUUCUGCAAGAGUCCCUGAUACUUCACUGAAGAGACAGUCAGCUGUCAAAAAGUGGACAUGCAUUCUUUCAAUGAUGACUGGUGAGGUAUGGCAUUGAUGCUGUCACUUCCAGGGAAUUUGUGUUUUUGACUAUUGUGGCACCAGCACCCAUCUCUUCAGUAGAAACUAUUGGUUGACCUAGGAUCUCUCUGUCGAUGUGCCCAAUCAUAGAAGCUGACUUGAUGUGGACUGGACAUGUGAUUCGCAGGGCUCAGUUAGGUUUAAACAGGGCGAUCUACCAUUGUACGGAGCUUUAGAAUCCAGUUUUUGUUACUGUUGUUCUUUGUAUGCUAGUGGGUUUCCAAUGUGUUGAAAUAAUAUAAUAUUUUGUGUGUAAAUCAAGGGUGUCGGGUCAGCCUCCCUCUAUCUAAUAAAUAUUUUAAAUAUAUUUUGAACAUGAAAUGAAAGGUUUAUCUGUUGAA